AUGGCACGACCAAAGUCCAUCCUGCUCGUCAGCGGACCAAACCUGAACCUCCUUGGAACUCGAGAACCGCACUUAUACGGUAGCACAACACUGAACGACGUCGUCACAUCCGCAUCAAAGCAAGCCGAAGACCUCGGCAUCCAGCUCUAUCACUUCCAAUCCAACCACGAAGGCGCCAUCAUCGACCGCAUUCAAGAGGCACGCGGCAACGUCGACUUUGUAAUUAUCAACCCCGGCGCUCUUACACACACAAGCGUAGGACUGCGAGAUGCCCUGCUAGGAUGCGAUCUACCCUUCAUCGAACUACACGUUACGAAUGUCCAUGCCCGUGAACCGUGGAGGAACCACAGCUAUCUCUCCGACAAGGCAGUGGGAGUAAUAUGCGGCCUGGGAGUCUAUGGAUAUAGAGCAGCCGUUGACUUCGUUGCUCAGCGGUUGCAGGGCGAUUCGAAGCUGUAG